AUGUCUUCUCCUGAUAGAAAGAGACAGCGCAUUGAUGACCACAGCUUAAGGACAUCUCACCCUGUUGCUGUAGAGAUCCGCUCUCGACGUGCAGCUUUUCUAGCCUCACUGGACCGUGGCGUCUCUCCUCCUGCUGGCCGUGAAUUGCCUCCACCAGCGACCACUGUAAUUGAGAAAGCACCACAGACAGAACGGAAGACAGAGACGCCGCCAAAACCCCCAAUAUCUCCUCUGAUAGGAAAGCUUAGGACACAGAGCGCUACCACCUCAAAAUGCAGUAUCAUCCAGUCUCCUUUCAAGCUGACUCAUAUACGCGAUCUGCCUGCAAAUGCCAAUAUUGAUACAAUUAGCGUCAGAGACAUUCUUGGAGAUGUUAUGCUGAAGGAGGUCUGGCUUUUCGAUUUUCUGUAUGAUGUUGACUGGGUCAUGCAGCAAUUCGAUCCUGACAUACAACAUAUUGUCUCCGUCGUUUUAGUACAUGGCUCCUGGCGGAGAGAGGACCCGAACAAGAUCCACAUCGAUGAAGCUUGCAAGCGCUAUUCGAAUGUCAAAGCUGUGACCGCUUAUAUGCCAGAACCAUUUGGUACCCACCACACUAAAGGUAUGGUUCUCUUUAGGCGCGACGACCUUGCCCAAGUCAUUGUACAUACUGCCAACAUGAUAGAGCAGGACUGGCGCAAUUUGUCGCAAGGGGUCUGGCUGAGUCCUUUGUUACCAAGGUUGGCAAGUCCUGUAUCGAAGGAGACUUCGGGCGUGCUUCCGGCCAUUGGUAGUGGGUCCAGGUUCAAACGAGAUUUUAUGGCAUAUCUUCAGCAUUAUCAACAUCGUACGGCGAGCCUUGUUUCACAGCUUGAGCAGUAUGAUUUCUCCGCCAUCAAAGCAGCUCUGGUGGCGCAUGUACCUGCAAAGUUUGACGGUAUAGAGACCGAGCCUUCAGUGCAGCUCUGGGGCUGGCCGGCUCUAAAGCGAACUCUUAAAAACAUUUCUCCGGAGAAACUUCCAGAACAACAUUCAAACAUCCAGAGUCCUCCGCACAUCGUAUGCCAGGUCUCCAGCAUUGCCAGUCUUCCCGAAAAGUGGAUCCGUGACACACUGUUUGCUGCGCUGGCAAAGACUUCAACUGCAGUGGACAUACCCACAAAGAACUCAAGAACUUUCAGUCAGGCUCGUCCAAGAUAUUCAAUCAUCUUCCCCACACCAAGCGAGAUCAGAACCUGCCUCGACGGCUACGCCGCCGGCGCAAGCAUCCAUUGCAAGCUGCAGAACACCCAACAGCGAAAACAGUUCGAAUUCAUGAAACCGCACCUAUGCCACUGGAACGCUGAGCAUAGCCGCUCAGCUGUCACUUCAACUGGCACCUCACCAUCCUCCAGGACGGGCAAAGCACUCCGCGGCCCAGCAGCACCCCACAUUAAAACCUUCAUCCGCUUCAGCGACAGCACAGCACAGAAGACGAUUGAUUGGGCGCUUCUGACAUCAGCGAACCUCUCGACCCAGGCGUGGGGCACGGCUGCGCAAAUAGGGAGCGGCGAAGUCAAGGUCUCGAGCUAUGAACUCGGUGUGCUGGUUUGGCCUGAUCUGUUCCUUGAUAGUGAUACCACCACUACCAGCGGCGAGGGGAAAGACAAGAGCAGGAGAAAGCGGAGGGCGACUAUGGUGCCCACGUUCGGCUCGAAUACGCCGAGUGAUGCGCAGAUUCGAGAUGUGGUGACAGCAUCUCCCACUCGGAGACUGGGAGGAAACAGGGAAGAGAGAACGGAGAAAGAUAGCGAUGAUGAAGAGGCAGCAGCAGAAGACGACGAGCUCGUGAUCGUCGCGCUGAGAAUGCCCUACGACCUCCCACUCACACCCUACAGCCCAGACGACGAAGUAUGGUCCGCCAAAUCCUCUCACACCGAACCGGACAGCUUCGGAGGGGUGUGGAAUGUUUGA